CAAGUGGAUUAUGUUGCAAAUUGGGCGACAGUAGAGACUAGUGGCUGCAAAAUCUCCUACACAGAGCCGGCUUUAUGUCUUCCUAACUAUCUGCAAGCUGGAGAAAUGAACCCACUAAUUGUUCCUGCUUAAAUGAGAAGCAACCUGGACAAUCAGAGGAAACCUUUUUCUUGACAUCUUUGUCUUUGACAGAUUUUUAACUACCAACGACUGUUCUUCUUCUUGCACCAGAACUAGGUUUUUUAUUUCUUCAGUUUGUGUUGGAUGGCUUUAAAGUCUUUAAGGAUCCUCUGUUAGUGGCUAAAAGAGGAAACGGUGAGAAGAUGUUAGCAGCAGCAAGGGUUUAUUCAGACAUGACAGAGAGCAUUCAGGGUCAAAAGACCACCACGAUAAGCUCAGCUGGCUUCUGCCUUUAGCCAACAUGAGGAAACCGUUUCCUACGAACUCUUUAUCAUUCUCUUGAACUUUCAGAGCUGAGCUCAGUCUGUGACACUGCCUUCAAAAUUUAGUCAGAGCUCAAUGUCGGGACUUCAGAGCAGCAGAAUGAAAUGCAGGACAGCGGGAAUGAGGAACAUCUUGAUGAUUCUCGUAUUUUUGUGCCUGUGGAUUACUGCUCGGGCUCAGACAAAGAUCCCACCAGAGACGGUGCAGCAGUGGGCAUCGGUGUUCUCUGUCCAGCUUCGAGAGCUCACCACCAAAUACUCCGGCUCUUUGCUGCUGCAGAAGAAACUGAAGGAUGUGGAGUCCAUCAUCAAGAUUGUGGAGCUGGAAGGAGUUGACUUGGUGAAGGACUACUCCGAUGAAAUAGAACGAAUGUUGGGAAGCAAGAUGAAAUCAGUGAAGAGGUUAGCCGAGUCUGCAGAAGACGCAGACCUGUACCAUGAAUUCAACGCUACCUUGCAGUUUGAUUACUACAACUCCAUGCUCAUCAACACCAUGGACGAGGAUGGAAACUACGUGGAACUGGGCUCAGAGUUUCUACUUGAAGAGAAUGAACAUUUCAACAACCUAGCAGUCAACACUCAGCAGAGCAACAUCCAGGUUCCCACCAACGUUUACAACAAAGAUCCAAACAUCCUCAAUGCCAUCUACAACUCAGAGGCAUUAAACGAUGUCUUCAUCAAUAACUUCCAGAAGGAUCCUACACUCACCUGGCAGUACUUUGGCAGUUCUACUGGCUUCUUCAGGAUCUACCCUGGUAUUAAAUGGACCCCAGACUCCAAUGGUGUGGCAGCCUUUGACUGCAGGAACAGAAACUGGUACAUCCAGGCAGCCACAUCUCCGAAGGACAUCAUCAUUAUGGUCGACAUCAGUGGCAGCAUGAAAGGGCUUAAGAUGACCAUUGCCAAACACACCAUCAACACCAUCCUGGACACACUGGGAGAGAAUGACUUUGUGAACGUCAUUGCUUACACUGACUAUGUUCGCUAUGUGGAACCAUGCUUCAAAGGCACUCUGGUCCAAGCCGACUUGGACAACAGAGAGCACUUUAAGCUGUUGGUGGAGGAGCUGCAUGUUAAAGGAGAAGCCAAGCUCAAGAAUGCCAUGAAGGAGUCCUUCAAAAUUCUGAAUGAGGCAAGGGCAAAUGGUCAGGGCAGCAUGUGUAAUCAGGCCAUCAUGCUAAUCACAGACGGAGCCAUGGAGGACUUUGAGUCUGUCUUCGAGGAGUUCAACUGGCCUGAGCGCAGGGUGCGAGUCUUCACCUACCUGAUUGGCAGAGAGAUGACCUUUGCCCAAAACACCAAAUGGAUCGCCUGCAACAACAAAGGUUAUUACACACACAUCUCUACACUGGCCGAUGUGCAGGAGAACGUCAUGGAGUACCUGCAUGUGCUCAGCCGGCCAAUGGUCAUCAACCACGACCAUGACAUCAUCUGGACAGAAGCCUAUAUGGACACUGUGCUUCCUAACACAAAAGAGCUCUUCACCACCAAGGCUCAGAGUCUGCUGCUGAUGACCUCAGUGGCCAUGCCAGUGUUCAGCAAGAAGAAGGAGACGUUGUCCCAUGGCAUCCUGCUCGGUGUGGUUGGCUCUGACAUCCCACUGAUGGAGGUGAUGAAGCUGGCUCCCAGAUACAUGCUGGGAGCUCAUGGGUACGCUUUCCUCAUCACCAACAAUGGUUACAUCCUGGCUCACCCUGACCUUCGACCUCUGUAUAAAGAUGGAAAGAAACUGAAGCCAAAGCCAAACUACAACAGUGUGGAUCUGUCUGAGGUAGAGUGGGAGGAUACAGAUGAGAAGCUGAGGACAGCCAUGGUAAAAGGACAGACGGGUGCACUCACCCUGAACAUCAGAGCAUCUGUGGAUAAAGGGAAAAGACCUCUGUACCUCGUCAACGACUAUUUCCACACAAACAUCGAUGAGACACCUUUCAGCUUUGGCAUGGUGUUGACGAAGGGUCACGGAAGUCGAAUAUUUAUGGGAAAUGUAUCUGUGGAAGAAGGGCUGCAUGAUCUGACCUCUCCAGACCUCUUUAUUGCUUCUGAAUGGACUUACUGUGAGACGGACAUUGACCCUGCUCACCGAAAAUACACCCAGCUUCAGGCCGCUAUCCGUUACCUGCUGGGGAAGGAGCCUGACCUUGAAUGUGAUGAGGUGUUGCUACAGCAGACUCUGUUUGACGCCGUGGUAACGGCUCCUUUGGAGGCCUACUGGAAUGCCCUCAUGCUCAAUGACAGGGUGGAACCAGGGAUUGAGACAGCCUUUCUUGGGACUCGUGCCGGUCUGAUGAGGAUCAUGAGAUACGCAGGAGUGGAAACCAGGGUGGCAAAGAAAUUCCUGACUCCGACUGAUAAAGACAACCUGUUCACCAUCGAUCACUUCCCUCUAUGGUACCGCCUGGCUGUGGAAAACACUCCUGGAAGCUUCUAUUACUACCCUACCAACGACAAAGGAGUGAAGUAUGUCGUUGCAACCACAUCUGUAACAGUGUCAUCUGAAGGACAGACAGCCAUGGCUGGAGCUAUCGGGGUGCAGAUGUCCUUGGAUUUGCUGGAAAAGAGGUUCUGGGCCAUUGCCAAGCAGCCCAGCGACACCGAUUGUUCAAACAUUGAAGGUGUGUGUCCUCUCAGCUGUGAGAGCAUUGAUCUGAGCUGUUACCUGGUUGACAACAAUGGCUUCAUUGUGCUGUCUAAAGAGAGGAAUGAGGUUGGUCGUUUCUUUGGAGAGGUGGAUGGGUCUGUCAUGGCGUCGCUGAUCAGGAUGGAAAUGUUUAAAAAAGUGUCGUUGUUCGACUACCAGGCAAUGUGUAAGAACAGCCACCAUCACGCCAGCAGCGCUCGUCCACUGCUCAGUCCGUUUUAUGGCAUUGUGGCUGUGAUAAGAUGGCUCUUCUCCAAUGCACUAAUGUUCCUGCUGGACUUCAACCUCUGUGGUCUCUGGCAUUCAGAUUAUCUUGUGGACGCCAAAGCUGGUUAUCACACAUCUCAUAAGCAGAAGAAAGUUGAGGCCCUGCAACCUUGUGACACGGCAUACCCUGGCUUCAUGUAUGACCCAUCUAUCAGAGAGGCCAACAGCAUCAUCAAAUGUGGACGCUGCCAGAAGAUGUUUGUGGUGCAACAGGUUCCUGACAGUAACUUGGUUCUGGUUGUGACUCAGGCCGACUGUGACUGCUCUCGUCAGUAUGGACCCAUCUUGCUGGAACCCAAAGAGAUUAAAUAUAUCGCCACAGUGAAGUGCAACAGGAUGAAAUCUCAGAAGGUGCGGCGUCGUCCAGAGUCCUGCCAUGCCUACCACCCAAAGGAGGAUGCUAAGGAGUGUGGCGGAGCGACGGCCAUCUUCCCAUCACUCUUUCUGUUUCCUGCCUCCCUGCUCAUCUCAUUGGUCCUCCACCACUGGACAUAAACCAGGACACACUCACCAAUCAGGGAGAAAAACUUUGAAAACGAGCCAAAGGAUGUUUUUUUUUAUUUGUCUGUUUUUUACUUGAACAUAACAGACAAUGGAACCCAGAUGAAGAAAUAUCCUCUCAAAUUUUCUUUGUGCUGUUCAGAUGAGCUUGGUCUCAUUGCAGGAGAUAAAGGGCUAUGUAAUUUUUGUUGUUUUAAAAAAAAACAAAAAAACAAAACAGACUCUAGACUACUUUCCUUUGGGAAUAAGUAAACGUGGCUCUGAAUCAAAGCUCUGAAGUGGCUCCUCAGCUGCCAGACAAACAGGAGGCCACGUUGUUAAAAUGCUGGACGUACUCUUGAAGGGGAGAUGCCGCCCCCUACUGGACAGCUACAAACACUGCAGCUUAUGUUGCCAUUACACCCAAAAAAGAAUGUAGCAUCUUUGUAGCUUUUUGAUACAAAAAUAAUGUCUACAGGUAUAAUUUUACAAUCACGUGAUUUACAAAACUCUUUUGCAGUAGGUCAAAAAUGCUUUAAACUCUGAUGUUUUCAGGUCAAAGGUUACCAGGUAAUACAGUUGGUAAUAUGUGAAGAAAUGUCACACAUCAUAUGAAACCAAAUCAAAUGGGAGUGUGUUUGUGACCAUGUGAAGAAAAAAUAAAUAUUGCUCUGCAGGUGCUGUAGAUCCCCGACUGAAGUCUGUGUCUGUGGGUGAUCUUCCAGCCUGCAGUCUGUAGUACACUAGUGUUCAAAAGUUUGGGGUCACCCAGACAAUUUCAUGUUUUCCAUGAAAACUCACACUUUUAUUCAUGUUAUAACAUAAUUGCACAAGGGUUUUAUAAUCAUCAAUUAGCCUUUCAACACCAUUAGCUAACACAGUGUAGCAUUAGAACACAGGAGUGAUGGUUGUUGGAAAUGUUCCUCUGUACCCCUAUGGAGAUAAUCCAUAAAAAGUCCAUCAUUUCCAGCUAGAAUAGUCAUUUACCACAUUAACAAUGUCUAGACUGUAUUCCUGAUUCAUUUAAUGUUAUAUUCAUUGAUGUUAAUUUCUUUCAAAAAUGAGGACAUUUCUAAGUGACCCCAAACUUUUGAACGGUAGUGAACAUUCACUUCCAGCUGCAGGAGUCUGAAUUGUAGAGGACACAGCAGCUGGUUGUCAAACACUGUUCUGUUUGUCACCUGCAGAUCUUAAAUGGCAGGCAUUUUAAAACCACUGUUGCUUUCAAAUUACAGACAGGCUUUGGGUGUAUUAAUUGGUGAAAUGUGAGUGAGAGGAGAUACUGUGAUGUUCCUGUGCUGCAAUCUGUGAAAGAGGCUCCUGACAGUGUAACCAGUGACUUCGCUACUCUGUGUUGUGUUAAUUCAGCCGUCUUUUUUUUUUUGGAUGCGAUCUCCAUUUAUUACAGCCCUUUACAGUUGAUGAAAAAGACAAAAAAUCUUAGGUCACACAAGAGUUGUGCUCCUACAGAAAUUAAAUAAUGCAUAAUCAUAUAAGAAUUUGAAAGUGAACUUAUAAAACCACACAAAUUACAGCUGCACAAUCUCACCUCUCUCUGAGAACACAAACAAAAGGGGAGAGGUAAGGUGGGAAAAACUCAUUUAUAGAACGGCGUGGAGUGACUAGAAAUGUACGUAGGGGUACAGGGACCCCCCAGCAAAGGUUCCACACAACAACUGAGAGGCAGACCAAACUUUGUGUAAUUAUAACAAUAAACAUAAGAACAAUGCAACAUAUGGUAUAUUAUAUAUUACUAAUACGAUAAUGCAUGUAUAUUUAACCCACAGUCACUGCUGCCUGACUGACUCUGUUAUGCUAGCAGCUGGGAAGACACAGCAAGUGCAGACUGAACUUCAGAGUUCUGUACUACAAAAUAGGAUUUGAGCUCAACAAGGUGUAGCUUCAGGUUUAACUCGGGGUUUUCAGGACUAUGACUGUGGUUCACUUCUUAUCACAGUACAUCACCAUGGUUAUCACCAAGUUAUGCUGAACACCUGACCUACUCCGGGGCAGGAGACCACUGCUCACAAAAACGUGUCUACUGACCAAUCGCUUCAGUUGGAAAAAUGCUAUCACCGUUCCUGAGAGAUCUGUGGAGCUCAGAACGCAGAGAUGACUGUGGGUUUUUACAGCUGCAAUUUCAAAACCUUUUUUUUUUUUUUUGGUGUUGUUGUUCUAUAGGCCUUUAUGUACAUAUAUAAUCCUCCAACAGAUUGAUAAAGCACUGAAGCCUGGUACUUCUUGACUGUAAGAUUUGCCAUAAGUCUACUUACUGGUUUGAUUGAUGUUUUUGUAUUUGUUCUUUACUUGCUCCCAAAACUAUUAAAUGUCCACAAGAUUGCAGAUGAAAGAAUUUGACUGAAACUGUCUUAUAAAAAUCAGAUUACUGAAUUCAUCCUUUACUCUUCACCACAAAAAUGUUUUUGGGCUACUUGAUUAUUUGUUCUUUAAUUAUUUUUAUAGGUAGCAAAAGGGACUACAUCUGUAAUUUCUUUACAUGGUUGUGUGUUGUACCAUGACAAUCUAACUGAGUCUUGAAUAUAAAAUCUUCCUUUAAGCAUCUAAUACACAUGUGUAAUUGUGUUCAGUUGUGUCCUGCAUGAGGCAGUAAUAUUGACAGGACAAGACUUGCAUUCAUACAGUUGCUUUUAGCCUGUGUAGUCCUAUAAAACUCUUCAUAUUGGUUUGGGAUUAUAAUUUGCUUGCAUUCGGACAUCUGGUUCCAACCGUGGGUGGCUGAUAAUCAGCUUUGUGUGAUUACGUAGUCUGACUGCGGUUGUUGUGUUUUGGGACACGAUGAAAAGAAAGUGUUGAACUUGCUUUGUGGUGCAAUCCUCAGGCCCCACUUGUUUCGGGAAAAUGUGCUUAUCUGCUUUCUUGUCAAAAUGCGAUGAAGAGUGAUGCUGAUCUCACAUCUGUCUGUUAAAUAUGAAGCUAUGGCCUGAGGACUGAACUAUAAAGCAAGAUUAGUAGGUUAGUGAGGUGCACUACCAUUCAAAGGUUUGGCAUCACUUAUUUUUGAAGGAAAAGCAGCUAUUUUCAAUGAAGAUAACAUUAAAUGAAUCAUAAAUACAGUCUAGACCAUGUUAAUGUGGUAAAUGACUAUUCUAGCUGGAAAUGGCUGAUUUUUAAUGGAAUAUCUCCAUAGGGGUACAGAGGAACAUUUCCAGCAACCAUCACUCCUGUGUUCUAAUGCUACAUUGUGUUAGCUAAUGGUGUUGAAAGGCUAAUUGAUGAUUAGAAAACCCUUGUGCAAUUAUGUUAACACAUGAAUAAAAGUGUGGGUUUUCAUGGAAAACAUGAAAUUGUCUGGGUGACGACAAACUUUUGAACGGUAGCUUAUGUUGAGCCGAAAGUCAAAGUUUUCGGUAUCACCAUGAUCUCCAUGGUAACUGAUGCUCUGGAGCUAACCUGGUCUGGAGCAGGUUCUGUUUAGAGUUUUGGAUAUCAGUCAGCUGUAAGAAGUGUCUCCUUUUAACCAAAUCAUUUCCUGGUGAUUCAUUCUUAGUGACAUAGAUCCUCAGCUGAGAGUAUAAGUUUUAUCUGUAAACCGAUUGAGGUGUACAUUACUAAAACCACUGAAUGAAGCUGUGUAAUUACAUUAUCACAUGUUGUAUGCAUGGUGUUGCCAUGGGAACCUACAUGGUGGUGCAGAAAUCAUAUAAAUAGUUUUUAAUUUUUUUCCUCAUUUGCUCUCAAGUCCAUUUCCACUGGUACAGCAGCUGAUAGAACACAGAUUAGAAAACAAAUUAUUCUGCUGGUAUUUAUUACAGAGAAUAUUCAAUCAGUAACGUUAGUUUCAUUUUUUUCUUAUACAGUCUCAGGCAGAAAGCCUAACAAAGAGAGUUGAUGGCCACCUUUGUGAUAUCUGUUAUAUUUGUUGGUUUUUGUUGAGCCAACUUACAUAAAGAAAGCCCAGCUGUGUUAAACAUGCUUCGUAGUUCAGCCCUCUGGAGUUUAUUAGCUUACUUUGGUAUGCUAGGCGAAACAGGAAACAUUUAGCCUGUCCAAUAGCAACAUCCACUUUGCAGCUCCUCUAAAGCUCACUAACAUUUUCUGUCUUGUGUUUUCAAGCCAUACAACAGUAUUAAAAACUGUUUGCUGUAUGUGAGGAGAAGGAAAUAGUGCUUUACUCAUCCCUCUCUCCUCUGUGUGAUAUGAGCGAAGGAGGAGACAGGAGGAGAGGAGAGUCAAGGCAACAGAAAUGUAAUAAUGGUACAAACAGUCACACUCGCAUUCACACCUACACAGAAUUUAGAGUUACUAAUUAACCUCAGCAUGUUUUUGGACUGUGAGAACCUGGUGAAAACCCACUCAUGCACAGGGAGAACAUGCAAACUCCAUUCAGAAAGAUCCCAGGAAGACCAAGACGAGAACCAGGGAUUUUCUAGGUGUAAGUGUUAACCACCAAGCCACUGUGCAGCUCCGUCCAAAAACAUGCUGAGGUUAAUUGGUGAUUCUAAAUUGUCCAUAGGUGUGAAUGUGAGUGUGAUUGUUUGUCUCUAUAUGUAGCCCUGUGAUAGACUGGUGACCUGUCCAUGGUGUCCCCUGUCUUCCCCCUAGGUCAGCUGGGAUAGACUCCAACCCCCAUGACCCUAAUGAGGAUUAAGCGGUGUAUAGAUAAUGGAUAGAUGGAAUAGAUGAAUGGACAUCUAUUACCGGCACACAUUUGUCAGUCCUGCUCCCAGCAUGGAUUGAAUAUUCCAGCUGUGUCAUACCUCCUUUAUGUCGCAGUGCAAGGCUUCACCUGUGCAUCAGCUGGAGCUCCUAGAUUCUCCAGCAGCCUCCUCCAUCCUCAGUCCUCUUUCUCCACUUUUGGAAUUGAGAUGUCCUUUGGCCACGACUCAGAGGACCGAGGAGCCAAGGAGGCUGAAAUUAGUGAAGUGAGAUGAAUCUCACAAGAGUGGGACUGUUUUCAUCAAGGUUCCUCCAAAUGCUAGUUUAGCCUGAAUUUCUUGGGAGUCCUCUCACACAGGAGCAGCAUAGAUAUCUAAAAUACAAUUCAACUCUGACCAAAUGUUCUUGUCCAAUCUUUCCUGCAGCUAACCAAAACUAUUCCAGCUGUGUGUGUAGCUAGCAUGUAAAUCACUUCCACAGUCAUACAACUGAUUCAGUGGUGGCAUUAGUUAAACCAUGAAACUCCAAACUGCCUAUAUAAGCUGAAGUCACAGCUAUAGCUGCCUCCUGCUCCUCAUGUUUUGUUGAGGUGAAGGUGUCCAACAGUGUAUUGGGUCUUUUCGGGUGGGUUUGGAUUUAAUAGAAUAAGGAUGUGCAAAUUGUGAUGAACCUGAAGAUAAAAACAUCAAUAAAUUAAUGUUUUACGUCUGCA